GGUUGACCCAAAUCUAAAAAAGAAGUCUGAAAAGCACAGCCCUUUAGCAACAAACAAACCCAAGAACAAACCCACAGCCACGGCUACGGACACGGCCACAGCCACGGCUACCAUAAACUCUCGAGACCAUACAAAUAAUCCAAACAAGCGCCGGAUCAAAGAAUUUGAUGUCGAAUACGUCAAUGAAGAUCAUGUCGCUGCUUUCGUAAAGGCCCUCGCUCAAGAUCCACUUAACAACUCGGAAAAUAGCCCAGAACACAUUUCGGCCUCUAGCCAACUUAUGCCGGUCAGAAAGAAGCUUCCGAGAAAGGAAAGGCGUCUGGCACGCGAGCAAGAAGCCAUCACGCCAAACGGAAUUUCCCAGUCUUUACUGCGAUAUCCCUUGAUAAUCUGUAUCGGAUUCACUAUACUCGUUGAACUGUUGCUUUACAUUGGAUUAAGGCAGAUUGUCAGGGUGUGGGAGAAUAGCAUUAGUUGGCGAGGAAAACGCCGUCAGUUGAGAAACAGACUCCGGGAAGCUGGAUCAUAUGCAGAAUGGUGCACGGCUGCAGACGCACUCGACAACUACAUGGGCAAGGACCAGUGGAAGAAGGCUGCACCCUAUGGAUUCUACGACUAUCGGCUCAUCCAGAAAGUCAUCCAGCACCUCAAAAAAUACCGCCAAAGCGAUGAUCCCGAAGACGCCUUUAAUCUCAAGGACGUCCUCUACGCAUGUCUCAAGCAAAACUUUGCCGGAAUUGAAAACUCAAAGCUGUACAGCAACACUUACCUUGGAACAAAAGUACUUGUAGAAGAAUACGUCAACGAAGUUACACGCGCAAUCGAUGCCUUGGCCAGAUCUCCUCACCUGUCAUCCAAAGACAAACUACUGGCCUUCAAACUCUACUCUCGCAACUACGGCCGGUCCGCAUUCUGUCUGUCUGGUGGUGCCGGAUUCGGCUACUACCACCUGGGUGUCAUCCGUGCCCUGCUGGACAGAAACCUGCUGCCGUCCAUCAUCACCGGUACAUCGGCUGGAUCGCUGCUGGGCGCCAUUGUGUGUACUCGCACCGACGAAGAACUCCGCCAGGUGCUCGUUCCUGGUCUUGCUGAGCGGAUCAACAUUGUCGACGGCACCUUUGUCGACCGGCUCAAGAACUACUUCAAGACCGGCGCCAUCUUUGAUUCCGAAAAGUGGUGUCGGGAGGCAAUGUGGUACACGCGCGGAUCGAUGACCUUUAAAGAAGCAUAUGAACGAACAGGACGAAUCUACAAUGUGUCGGUUGUUCCGUCAGAUGCCCACUCGCCCCCCAAACUACUAAACUACAUCACUGCUCCUGACUGUGUUAUCUGGAGUGCUGUACUGGCAUCAGCUGCCAUUCCUGGUGUCCUUAAUGCAGUUGUGUUGAUGCAAAAGACAAAAACCGGCCAAUUGAUUCCGUACAACUACGGCCAUCGAUUCAAGGACGGAAGUUUGCGCACAGACAUUCCUUCCCAGACCCUGCACAACUACUUUAAUGUCAACUAUACUAUCGUCAGCCAAGUCAACCCUCACAUCCAUCUCUUUUUUUAUGCUCCCCAAGGUAGUCCCGGAAGACCUGUGACUCAUUUGAAUGGCAAAGGAUGGCGUGGUGGAUUCUUGGCUUCGACUAUGGAACAAGUAUUGAAACUCGAAUUGUCUAAAUGGCUCAAGGUGCUCAGAGAUCUCGAUCUGCUUCCCAAACUUCUCAACCAAGACUGGAGUUCCAUUUGGUUACAAAAGUUUGAUGGUGAUGUUACUAUUCUUCCUAAAUCAAAGCUGUCUGAUUGGUUACACUUGUUGUCUGAUCCUAAUGAGGAACGACUCAAGAUGCUCUUCCGAGUCGGUGAGUUGCGUACCUGGCCAAAGAUCACGAUGAUUUCAAACCGGAUGAGAAUCGAGAAUGCAAUUGAACUGAACCGCAAGGCUCUCAAGAACACGAUC